CUCGUACUUGCUGCAAACUUCCUUGAGCCCGUUCAGUCGAGAGGUAAGUAGCUCAACACGGUGAAGGUCAGGACAUCUACUUGCAUAUUGAUAAAUUGGCUCUUGGAAUGAUACUCGACUACAGUUCCUCGAAAUUGAACGUGUAGAACUACCUCAAACAUGACUCAGGCAUAUGACUUCAAUGGAAAAUGUGUACUGAACUUCGAUGUUCUCCUGGUGGUCAUGUCCUUCCUUUGGGGACCCAAUCUUCUCUCGAUGAUGCGCACAUGCAAAUUCCUCUACAGGACGGGCAUUCCGAUGUUAUUGGAACAUGGAGUCUACAUCUGGCCUGAGAAGCACGCUGUCUCUUUUUGUCGGUUCUUGUCUACUGAUACGUCAUACCGGUUUCGAUUCCUCCGUAAACUCACAAUCUGGCAUUUCCCCUACGACAAUCCUCACCUUUUCAGAGCAAUUCUAAAGACCCUGCAAUAUGCUACACGUUUACAGGAACUGGAACUAAACGAUGCUGAAGAGUUCCUUGUCUAUGACGAACAUUUUGCCCGUGUUGUUUCCUCCCUGUUGGAUUUACGCUGCCUCGUUCUCAGUGGUAUAGAGGAACAGGGACUGGAAAGUUUGCGUACGUUAAGAGCUCCACUCACACACUUAACCGUGCGUUUUGGAGCCAUGAACAGCAAUGAGGAUCCGCCAGAGCCCACCCCUUUUCUGGCAAGUGUUUCGAAUACGCUGGAGAUGAUCGACUUCGAUAACCCCAACAUGGAGGGCAUAUCGGGAAUUGUCGUGUGUCCGAAGGUACAUACGUUCAAGAUUCAGCAAUAUUGGACCCUUCCCACACGUCACUUGGUCCUUUGUUUUCCAAACCUCAAACGUCUGAACGUCCUCACCGAGGAGCGCCUUAACCGAGCCGAAACGGAUGCAUUUCGAGUUCAGAACAAGACUGAAUUGGCAUCCACGCAGUCUUGGACUAGUCUAGAUAGACUUGAUGCCGAUGUCAAUACCGCCUUUCUGCUCGCGUUGAACUGUCGCGUAUCUCUGUGGAAUGCAGAACACAUUUGUCAUUGGGAUUGGCGCAAACUACCUAUCGUCCUCGGCGAUAUUCACCCCACGCGCCUCACACUCAGGGUUUUGGAACCAGAAGCAGCCGUCCCUGGGGCGCUAUUGGAUCUUUCGCCCGCCACGGAGUUGACUUCGCUUUCGUUGGAAGUUGAGAUUCAUCGAGAAUCGGCUGAUUUGUCCUUGUUGAUGACGAGAGUUGCUGCAUGUCUGGAGACGGCACAGUCUUUAGUUACACUUCGACUUUCAGUUGUGCACCACGCUCCCAGACCUUGCAAAUUCAGGCCAGUUCAAGAACAGGAACAAGUAUCCGACUCUGACCCUGGCCCUGGCUCUGAUUCUGACUUGGACUCAGAUAUUUUCAAGCUUUUCGCGCGUGAAUGUAUGAAGCCGGAUGACCUGGACAGGGAUUUUGAAGCAAUUGACAUGUUCGCCUUCGCUACUCGACUUGCGACUAGUAUCCUGUCGUUGAAGUAUGUUUUUGUUGGUCUGGCACGGUGCUACGAGGGUCCUUUCCAACUCUGGUCGGUGACACGCACUGGCUGUGGUGAUGCGUUUUUGCAAACGGUGGAUGCGGAAACAGCGAACGAUGUACUUCGACACAAUGAUAUGCCUGAAACUGGUCCUUGUAUACUCUAAUAUGGAGCCUUUUGCCGUUGUCAUCGUCUAAGUCAGACGCCAGUGAGAAUUCGUUUAGUAGUUGUACCCGAAAGUACCAACUUAAGCUAAUG